AUGGAAUUGAUUUAUGCCAUUAUAAAAGAUUGUGGUCACUUAAGCAAUGUUCUACAACAAAUUUCCUUAUUGCAAUCUCAACUUUCAUCUUUAGCUCGUCACGAAAGGAUUCAAAAAUUAAAACUCAAGAGAUAUGCCUUAAAUGUCCAGUAUCAUACAAUAGAUGAUGAUUUACCUAUCAUUCAAAAAACUAUAUGCAAGCACACAAGGUUGAAGCGAAAAAUUCAAAUUAUCCAAGAUAAAUACAAACAUGAUUUAAAUAAGAGAAUCAUCUUGACCCUUCAAAUUGUCAAAUUUUUCAUAAAAUUUAUGAAGUUGGACAACAUUAGAAGUGACACUGGAUUGCUUCAAUCAAACUGUGGAAAUCUCCUCCAAUCACAUGUUAUAAUUCGGUCCAAUGAUGAGGAAGCAAACGAAGAAAUUAAAAAGCUCAAACAACAAGUUACCGUUCAUGGACUUAAUCUUGUCCAGUUCGAGGAUAAAAUAGCUUAUUAUACAACACCUUGGAAUUUUGGAAUCCCUUCAUACACAUGUCAAUAUUGUGGUGCCAUUUUAUGGUAUGAGGAACGGACAAAGAAAACACAAAAGCAUAAUAAUUUGGUCAAAUCCUUUAGAAUGGCAAGGGAUAGAUUCAAAGCACAACCAGAAUCUACGUUUCGUUUACGCCUCCUAAGUAGCAGGACAACAGAUGGUCGUCAAUACAAUAUGCCAACAUCAUCUGAAGUAGCAGGCUUAAUAGUUGGUGAUUUUAGUGAAGCGAACUUCGAACGUGACGUUAUUGUGGAGCACCGAACUAAAGGAAUUAAGAGAAUCACAGAUCUGCAUCCAAGUUUCAUGUCUAUGACGUACCCAUUAAUACACCCUUAUGGUGAAGAUGGAUAUAGACUUGGCAUACCUUUGAGAGACGUAACUGAAAGCUCUUUUAAAAGGAAAAAGUUGACAAUGAGGCAACAUUAUUGCUUUAGGUUGCAGCAAAGAUUAAAUGAGGGUCAUACUCUUCUUCGAUCUGGUAGACUACUGCAACAAUAUAUAGUUGAUUCUUACAUGGAAAUUGAAGAAGAAAGAUUUCGUUGGAUACGAAAUAACCAAAAAAAACUCAAAUUAUACCUUUUUUCUAGUUUAAUGGACGCUAUUCAUCGUGGUGAUUCAGAUUGCUCAAAAGUGGGGAAAUCAAUUAUUUUGCCUUCGUCACACACUGGGGGACCGCGAUAUAGAGUACAAAAUUAUCAAGAUGCUGUGGCAAUGUGUAAAUGGGCAGGAUAUCCUGAUUUAUUUCUUACUUUCACUUGCAACCCAAAGUGGUCAGAAAUAAAUGAUAUGAUCCAUUUAAUAGGCCAAAAAUAUGAUAACAAUCAGGUCGAUAUCAUAUGCAGAGUAUUUGAGAUAAAGCUAUUCCAACUAAUGCACGAUCUGAAAAAAGAACAACCGUUUGGAAAGAUAAUCGCAUGCAAGUUUAUUUCACAUUUGUAUCCACAACGAGCUCAACUCAAUUGUAUAUACACAAUUGAGUUCCAAAAAAGAGGACUGCCUCAAGCACACAUACUACUUUUCUUGCAUUCGACAUUGAAAAAUCCUUCAACAGACCAUAUUGAUAAUAUAAUAAGCGCGGAAAUCUCGGACUUAAAUGUUGAUCCUGAUGGUUAUAAUGUCGUCAAUAAAUUUAUGAUUCAUGGACCUUGUGGAAAACUUAAUUCAAACUCUCCAUGUAUGAUGCAAGAUAGGUGCACAAAACAUUUUCCAAAAAAUUUCAAUGAUCAAACGACCAUCGACACAGAUGGCUUUCCAGUCUACAAAAGGAGAAAUGUAGGUAUUCAUGUCGAAAAGAAAGGUGUCCUUUUAGAUAAUCGAUAUGUAGUUCCUUAUCAUAGGAAUUUGGUUGUCAAAUUUGAUGCACAUAUUAAUGUCGAGGUUUGCAAUUACUCUAGAUCAGUCAAAUACCUUUUCAAAUAUGUUCAUAAAGGGUCUGACAGAACUACUGAAACAAUGGAAUUUAUUGACACUGCCAAAGAAAUAGAUGAGAUAAAAACAUAUUUGGAUUGCAUAUAUAUCUCGGCAACUGAAGCUUGCUGGAGAAUAUUCCAAUUCGACAUACAUUACAGACAGCCAGCAGUUGAAAGAUUACCAUUCCAUUUACCUGGAGAGCACACAGUAAUAUUCGAAGAAAACAAAUGUGUUGAAAAUGUUGUUUGCAUACCUGGAAUAGAAAAAACAAAGUUCACUCAAUGGUUGGAGGCAAACAAGAAUUAUGAUGAUGCACGAGAGCUAACUUAUUCGGAUUUCCCUGUAAGUUGGGUUUGGAAUUCAAAGGAGAAAACAUGGACUAGGAGAAAACAUGGAUUGGAAAUUGGAAGAAUUUACUUCGUGCAUCCUUCGACUGGAGAACACUUCUAUUUGAGAAUGUUGUUAAAUUUUGUCAAAGGGAGCACUUCUUAUGAAAGUAUUAGAACAAUAAAUGGGGUGACAUAUCCUAAUUUUAAAGGCGCAUGCUAUGCUUUGGCAUUGUUAGACGACGAUAAAGAGUGGAUAGAUUGCUUGAUUGAAGCUGCAAUAUGGGCAACUGGAAAAGAAUUAAGACAUCUUUUCGUCAUGAUACUCAUUCACUGUCAGGUUUCUGAUGCAUCACAACUUUGA